AUAGACACAUAGUUAGAGUGUGUAGAGAGACAGACAGAGAGAGGCCACGAGCUCAGAUUCCCGUGACAGUCUGUCGUAUCUCAUGGCCUUGUUUCCGUGUUUAGUUUAGUGCUCAUCCAAACUCUACCAUUUUCUUCUGUUGCUAUUCUCUACCGCCCAAAUCUCUCCGCCCACCGGAGAUAGAUCAACUCCGUCGUCUCCGAUUACAAUGGCUGCAUCGAUCAUCGAAUCUGGUUGGCUGUAUGUAAUCAGUCAUUUCAGUGACUUUCAACUGGCAUGUCUCGGAAGUUUCUUUCUUCAUGAAAGUGUAUUUUUCUUAUCGGGACUUCCCUUUAUAUAUUUUGAAAGGGCAGGGUGGCUGAGCAAGUAUAAGAUUCAGACAAAAAAUAACACACCUGCAGCUCAGGAGAAAUGUAUCACUCAGUUGCUGCUGUAUCAUUUUUGUGUCAACUUACCAGUUAUGAUUCUUUCCUAUCCUGUCUUCAGAUACAUGGGCAUGCGAACUAGUCUCCCAUUGCCCUCCUGGAAAGUAGUUUCGACACAGAUUUUAUUCUACUUCGUCCUGGAGGAUUUUGUAUUCUAUUGGGGACACAGGAUUUUACAUACAAAAUGGCUGUACAAACAUGUUCACAGUGUCCAUCAUGAGUAUGCAACACCAUUUGGACUGACAUCAGAAUAUGCUCACCCUGCUGAGAUACUGUUCCUUGGAUUUGCUACAAUUGUUGGUCCUGCUAUCACUGGGCCUCAUCUGAUAACUCUCUGGCUGUGGAUGGUACUUAGAGUCCUGGAGACAGUAGAAGCACAUUGUGGUUAUCAUUUCCCCUGGAGCCUCUCAAAUUACUUGCCUCUAUAUGGCGGUGCCGAUUUUCAUGACUAUCAUCAUCGCCUGCUUUACACAAAAUCUGGCAACUACUCAUCAACCUUCGUUUACAUGGACUGGAUAUUCGGUACCGACAAGGGUUACAGAAAAUUGAAGGCACUGAAGGGCUGCGGAGGUGAAGAAGAUGAGGGCAAGCAACUAUAAGAUCAGCCUGUCAACAACAUCACAGGAUCAAUUCUUAUCUCGAAUGGUCUGGUUGGGUUUCUUCUCAGCUUGUAUGCCAUCAUCUUUUAUGUUCUUGUUUUCUGGUAUUACUUUGUCUAGUGUGGAAUCAGCGCCAGGCUUCGUUUGGUUUUGUUUUGUCCCUUUCUACUCUACAUGAAUGAAGCUUCUGUUCUUUUUCCUAA